UGGGCCCGUGAGCCAUGGCCGCUGAGCCUGCGGGUCCGGAGUCUGUGCUCCACAACGGGAGAGGCCACGACAGUGAGAGGCCCGCGUAUCGCAAAACAAAAAAUUUUGAUGACAUAAAAUUUACCAACAUACCUAUUUUCAAUGUGAUUUUUUAAAAACUCUGAGUAAUUUUAUACAACCGCUUUUCUGACUCUUGAGUUUGGAAAAUGAGGUCAACUCUAGUAUAGGCUGUGAAGCCUCUUUGUGCCCAGGGAACUGCAGAUCUGAGCCCGGAAAAUAAGGGCUAGAAAGGCUCUUGGGCACAGCUGAAUGGGUCUGAGCACUUGACCUCUCUUUGGUUUCCAGCCUGGGAAGGGCUGACAGGAUCCAGCAUUUUGUCCUAGGGUCAGCAAAGGGCAGAGGUUUGAAAUUAGGCAUUGCUGGGUUCUCAGCGGGACCACUAAGGCGCCCUCCUCCCACUUUACAGAGGAAAGAGGAGGUGGCUGAAGAGAGGAAGACGUGAGAUUGGUUCUCUGCUGCUCCCUCUCUCUCCCUGCUUCUCCCCACACCCAUCCUCUCCCCCUCAGCAGCCGUCUCCCCCACAGAGACUGGGAAGAGGGAGGGGGCGGAGUUGGGGACUGAAGGAUCAGAAGCCCCACGGUGCCCGCAUCUGAAGGAAGCUCUGGCCAGGGGCAGCUGUGUUGGCUCAUGCUCCCCACCUCCCACUGCAAGAUGCUGGGGAUUCUGGGGCUUUGGGCACUGCUUCCCACAGCUGUGCAAGCACCCCCAGGCAGGCGGACCUGUGUGUUCUUUGAGGCCCCUGGAGUGCGGGGAAGCACCAAGAAUCUGGGGAAGCUGCUAGAUGCAGGACCAGGGCCCCCCAGGGUUAUCCGCUGCCUCUACAGCCGCUGCUGCUUUGGGAUCUGGAACCUGACCCAAGACCAGGCACAGGUGGAGAUGCAAGGAUGCCGAGACAGUGAUGAGCCAGGCUGUGAGUCCCCCCACUGUGAUCCGAGCCCCCGAGCCCAUCCUAGUCCCAGCUUUACUCUCUUCACCUGCUCCUGUGGCACUGACUUCUGCAAUGCCAAUUACAGCCAUCUGCCUCGUCUGGGGAGCCCUGGGACACCUGGUUCCCAGGGUCCCAAGGCCAUCCCAGGCGAGUCCAUCUGGACGGCACUGGUGCUGCUGGGGCUGCUCCUUCUCCUGCUGCUGCUGAGCAACAUCAUCUUGGCCCUGCUACAACGGAAGGCCUGCCCAGUGCACGGUGGGCCAGAGCCAGGGCCAGAGCCGGAGCCAGAGCCACACUCAGGCAGGGACUGGAGUGCCGAGCUGCCGGAGCUGCCCGAGCUGUGCUUCUCCCAGGUAAUCCGGGAAGGAGGUCACGCAGUGGUGUGGGCCGGGCGGCUGCAAGGCAAGCUGGUAGCCAUCAAGGCCUUCCCCCUGAGGGCUGUGGCCCAGUUCCAAGCUGAGAGAGCGUUGUACGGGCUGCCGGGCCUACGGCAUGACCACAUUGUCCGCUUGAUCACCGCCAGCAGGGGCAGCCCUGGUCCCCUGCCCUGUGGGCCCCUGCUGGUACUGGAACUACACCCCAAGGGUUCCCUGUGCCACUACUUGGCCCAGCACACCAGUGACUGGGGAAGUUCCCUGCGGAUGGCACUGUCCCUGGCUCAGGGCCUGGCGUUUCUCCAUGAGGAACGCUGGCAGGAUGGUCAAUAUAAACCAGGUAUCGCCCACCGGGAUCUGAGCAGCCAGAAUGUGCUCAUUCGGGACGAUGGGUCAUGCGCCAUUGGAGACCUGGGCCUCGCCUUGGUGCUCCCUGGCCUUGCCCAGCCCCCAACCUGGGCUCCUACUCAACCCCGAGGCCCAGCUGCCAUCAUGGAGGCUGGCACCCAGAGGUACAUGGCACCGGAGCUCUUGGACAAGACUCUGGACCUACAGGACUGGGGCACGGCCCUCCGGCGAGCUGAUGUUUACUCUCUGGCUCUGCUCCUGUGGGAGAUCAUGAGCCGCUGCCCAGAUUUGAGACCCGACAGCAGAACACCACCCUUCCAACUGGCCUAUGAGGCAGAACUGGGUAGCACCCCUACCACCUGUGAGCUGUGGACCUUGGCAGUGGAGGAGAGAAGGCGCCCUCACAUCCCAUCCACCUGGUGCUGCUUUGCCACAGCAAAAUUUCAGCCCUAGAAUGUAAUUAAAACCACUCUUAGGGCUUCCCUGGUGGCGCAGUGGUUGAGAGUCCGCCUGCCGAUGCAGGGGACACGGGUUCGAGCCCUGGUCCGGGAAGAUCCCACAUGCCGUGGAGCAACUAGGCCCGUGAGCCACAACUACUGAGCCUGCGCGUCUGGAGCCUGUGCUCCGCAACAAGAGAGGCCGUGAUAGUGAGAGGCCCGCGCGCCGCGAUGAAGAGUGGCCCCUGCUUGCCACAACUAGAGAAAGCCCUCGCACAGAAACGAAGACCCAACACAGCAAAAAAAUAAAAUAAAUUAAUUAGUAAACUCCUACCCCCAACAUCUUAAAAAAAAACCAAAAACCACUCUUAAAAAGUUCACUAUUCUUGGGACUUCCCUGGUGACGCAGUGGUUAAGAAUCCACCUGCCAAUGCAGGGGACACGGGUUCGAUCCCUGGUCCGGGAAGACCCCACAUGCCGCGAAGCAACUAAGCCCCGCAAGCCACAACUACUGAGCCCGCAUGCCGCAGCUACUGAAGCCCACACACCUAGAGCCCCCAUGCUCCACAACAGGAGAAGCCACCGCAGUGAGAAGCCCGUGCACUGCAACGAAGAGUAGGCCCUGAUCGCUGCAGCUAGAGAAAACCCACGCGCAGCAACGAAGACCCAACGCAGCCAAAAUAAAUAAAUAAACGAAUAAAUAAAUUUAUUUUUAAAAGUUCACUAUUCGUGCAAAAUCCAAUGGCCAGUUCUCAGUCUGCAUCCUACAUAAUUUAUCAGCAGCAUUUGAACAUUUGAUAGUUCCCUCCUUGAAUCUUUUCUUCACACUUUCCUCUGAUUUUCCACUUCCUCACUGAAGAAGGGGAAAAUCUGUAUCCUUUCUUAUCCUUUGCUCAUUCCUCUUCUCUUGCCAGUUUCUAAAUAUUGGCAGGCCUGAGGCCACGGGCUGGGCCCUCUUUUCUACUCUGGCUACCCCUGCUCCCUGGCUGAGCUUAUCUGGCUCCUUGAAUUUUAAAAAAUUUUUAUUUGUUAAAAAUAUUUAUUUAUUUAUUUUUGGCGGUGUCAGGUCUUAGUUGUGGCACACGGGCUCUUUGUUGCAGUGCGAGGGCUUCCCUCUAGUUGUGGCACGUGGGCUCCAGAGUGCUUGGGCUCAGUAGUUGCGGCACAUGGGCUCUCUAGUUGUGGUGCACAGGUUCUGUAGUUGUGGCACAUGGGCUCCAGAGUGCAUGGGCUCCAGAGCAUGCAGACUUUCUAGUUGUGGCGCAUGGGCUCAGUAGUUGUGGCGUGCGGGCUUAGUUGCUCCACAGCAUGUGGGUUCUUAGUUCCCCGACCAGAAAUUGAACCUGUGUCCCCUGCAUUGGAAAGUGGAUUCUUAACCACCGGACCACCAGGGAAGUCCCUAUCUGGCUCCUUUAUUUGUUUAUUUAUUUAUUUACUUAUUUUUAUUGGAGUAUAAUUGCUUUACAAUGUUGUGUUAGUUUCUGCUGUACAAUGAAGUGAAUCAGCUUUAUGUAUACCUAUAUCCCCUCCCUCUUGGACCUCCCUCCCACACCCCCAUCCCACCCAUCUAGGUCAUCACAGAGCACUGAGCUGAGCUUCCUGUGCUUUAUAGCAUGUUCCCACUAGCUAUUUUACGCAUGGUAGUGUAUAUAUGUCAAUCCUAAUCUCCUAAUUUGUCCCACCCUCUCCUUUCCCCGCCGUGUCCACAUGUCCAUUCUCUAUGUCUGCGUCUCUAUUCCCGCCCUGCAAAUAGGUUCAUCUGUACCAUUUUUCUAGAUUCCACAUAUAUGCAUUAAUAUACGAUAUUUGUUUUUCUCUUUCUGGCUUACUGGCUCCUUUAGAUACCUUGAUAACUCUCGAUUUUUUUCUCUUCAGACAAGACCUCUCCCUGAGCGCCAGACUGCCAAAUCCAACUGCCUUCUUAACACUUCCACUUGGAUAUCUGAUAGCCAUCCUAAACUUAACUUUGUCCAAAAGUACUCACAUCUGCUCCUCCCCCAUCUUAUUUCAGUAAAUGACACAACUAUUUCCUAGUUGCUCAAUAUUCUUGGGUUCAUCCUUCAUUUCUCUGUUUCUUUCACCUCUACCUCCAGUCCAAAUCUGCUAAGCUCUACCUUAAAAAAAAAUACCUGGUAAAUCAACUAUACUUCAAUUAAAAAAAAAAAAAAUACCCAGAGUCUGACCCCUCCUGAUCAUCUCUACAACUUCCAUCCAAGCCACCACCAUUCCUUCUCUGGAAUACAGUAGUAGCCUCCUAACUGGGUUCUCUGCUUCCACUUUAACCAUUUCUCCCUAUUUUGCUCUUUCACCACACAGUAGCCAGAAUAAUAAUAAUAAUUACUAUUAUUAUUAUUUUACCAUUUUAACCACUUUUAAGCGUACAGUACAGUGACAUUAAAUACAUUCACUCUGUUGUGCAACUGUGAUCAUCGUCCUCCAGAACUUUUUCAUCUUUUUAAACUUAAAUUCUUUGCCUAUUAAACAAUCAAUCUCCAUUCCCCACUGCCUCCAGUCCCUGCUGAUUACUUUCCGUCUCUAUGAAUUUGACUACUCUAGGUACUUCAUAUAAGUGGAAUCAUACAGCAUUUGUCUUUUUGUGCCUGGCUUAAUUCACUCAGCAUAAUAUCUUCAAGGUUCAUCCAUAGUGUAGCAUGUGUCAGACUCUCCUUCCUUUUUAGGGCUGAAUACUAUUCCAUUGUAUGCAUAUACCACAUUUUGUUUAUCCAUUCAUCUGUUGAUGGACAUUUGGGUUGUUUCCAUCUUUGGGCUGUUAUGAAUAAUGCUUCUAUAAACAUUGGUUUACAGAAUGACUUUUUUAAAAUGAAAAUCAGAUCAUGUCAUUCCUCUGCUCAUAACCCUCCAGAGGCUUCCAUUCACACUUAGAAUAAAAUCUAAACUCUUUCCCAUGGCUUACAAGGAUCUGUAAAUACUGGCACCACAGCUCCUCCCCUUAUUUCAAUUAAUUUUUCUACAUAGUACACAUCACUA